UGAAAAUAAGUAUUUUUUUCUCCGCGGAAAAAACGCUGCGCAGUCCGGCGCAGUCGACGGAACUCCGCGAGUUAGAAAAAAAAGGGAAGAAUUGUGAAAUAAAUUCCUCCAUUUCCACCCGGUGCUUCGUAAAUCCUGUUUGAAUCCAGUGAGCGAAAGGAUGAAUAACUUGGUAAAGUCUGUGUUCAGGAUGGCUCCUCUGAGGACCAUAGCUGCACCAUUGCGUUCAUCGCUGGGAAGGAGGGAAUUUACCCGGUCAAUCUCACUUCUCACGCGGAAGCCGGAAGAUGUGAAUGGAGUCAAAUCCAUGAUUUGCAGCAAUCCCAGCUUCGGGUGUUCCUGUGGUUGUGGUGCAAAGUUCAUUCACACCAAAGGCGAAAGGGAGCUCGUGGAAUUCCUAACAGAAGAAAUUGUGGCUGAAAAGAAGGCCCAGAAAGUAAAAACCAUUCCUACGGAACUCGAAGGUUUCAAAGUCAAAUCUCAUGGGUCAGAAGUAGAGCUUACAAAGCAGACAGAUAAGGAAACGAUCAAGAUAUCCUUUAAUGUGAAUCAUACAGUGGAUACAGAGGAAGAGGCGGAGAUUGAUCCUUCAAUGGAUAAGCCCAAUUUGGCGGAGAUGAAGAGCAAGCCACAAUUUGAAAUUGACAUCAUCAGGGGGAAACAGACACUCUCAUUCACUUGCUCCUUCCUCCACAAUCAAGCAGAGGACGCAGAAGGAUACAAUGACAUCUUCGGGAUUGAUGAGCUCGUCCUCUACGAUGGAGAAUGGAAUGAGGAGGAAAACAACUAUGCUGUUGCCGGAGACGUUCUCGAUGGCUACUUGUAUGAUCUUCUGAUGAAUCUUCUCGAGGAGAAAGGCAUCAGCAAUGAGUUUGUGGAUAAAUUGUGUGAAUUCAGUACACUCUACGAACACUCCCAGUACAUUAGUCUCCUCGAGAGGCUCUCGAAGUUUACAAUUGGAAAGUAAGGAGAGCUGCGCACCAUGUGGAAGGAUUAGCAUCUAAAGAUUGAUAGUUUUUUUUCUCCAUAAAUGUAUUUUCUUUUUGUUACAAUUAUUUGCAUUGAAGUGCAGUAUGAAUAAAUUCUGAACAAUAGAGGUAAA